UUCUGGAAAAGUAGAGUUGGCCUAAAAGAGUUUCUGCAUUUUCCUGUCCUCACUUGGACCUCUGCUGUGGUUUUGAUGGUCACCGAUGGCUCGGUUGACACACAGCAGUCUCACAUUUAUCAUUCCCACAUGUGGUAGCUCCUAAUGGGUUGGAGGCUUGCAUAGUUGAACUCCUGCCUGAGCUUUGAUAGCUGUUUCCAGAAACAGCUUGAGCAAAUCUCGUCGACUGGGGAAUCCCUUUCUUUUAGCAGAGAAGCAUGAAAGGGAAAAAUUAUGCUUUCAGAGGCUUACCCCGUGGAUAUCCUGGAGGAUGACCCAGAGGGCCAUCAGGCAGCAACACAGGUUUACUAUGAUUCCCUCAGGGAAGGAGCCCAGGCCUCGUCAGAGGUUUUCUCUCUUCCCACUGGGGAGCAGGUCAGACUUCAAACUUCGUCUCUUCGUUUUUAUCCUAUGUACCGUGACGAACCUCAACAUAAACUACUGGUUUUGGUUAAUCCCCAGGACACAAAGACAGUUGUGGCUGUAUACUUAAAGGAAUCCUGGUGGUUCACUGAAGACAUCCUAAGAACUUCUGAUCCCACAAGGGAUGGACUCAGGAAGGUUCAGUCCUUCGGGGAAAGGAUUGUACUUUUUCUUCUCAACACCAUUGUUUUUGGAAGACUGGAGAGAAAUCUGGAUGAUGAUGACAUGUUUUUCUUACCUCACCCUGCGAAAGAACAAGCUAAGAUUCUGUGGAGAGAUGGAGCAGCAGUUGGAUUUUACUCAAUCAAAAGGAAAGGCAGCCUCUGUGGUGAUGGCACCAGCGCAUGCUACCUGUUGCCUGUCUUCGAUACCGUGUUUGUGCGGAGGAAGAACCGUUGCCAAGGACUGGGGACAGCCAUGCUGAGGGACUUCUGUGACACCUUCCCAGAAGACGAAGCCCUGGGUAUCAGUUGCCCGAUUUCUCCUGCAAUGUACAGAGUCCUCAGGCAGUUCCUGUUGACCUGUCCAGGCGAGAGAGGGCGCUUGUGGGAGGUAGAGCCCCCAGGGGCCUGGGGCCAGCGUGCCAACAUCUGGCUCAAGAUUUAUCUUCAGGAGGCGAGACUUCAAGAUGGGAGCACGGUGCACCCUGAAUGUUCCGAAGAGGGCACAAACACUCCCAGGCAGACUUCUCAGGGUGAUGGAGCCUCACAGUUUGAUCAUGGAGAAAGCCGUAAGGAGAGGAUCACUGGAGGACAGGAGACACCGAAUGACCAAGAAUGUGUCAAAAGAGAGGAGGAUUCUGGGAUGUCCCUGAGACUUUCCCGGGAUGAGACGGAGGGCAGGGGAGCCAAAAGGACAGUGGCCGUUGCUGGGCUGGUUGGUGAGCCAUGGCGGAAGCGCGUGCGGCAAGCUCCUAACUCCUCAGAGGUUCAUCUGGUCUCACCGGGAUCUGAGUCUGAGGGUUUUAUGUGGUCCUGCUAGUCUCUGGUGCUGGAGAUGAUGUCCAUGGGUCCUGCCUGUCUCUGCUCCCCUUAUAGGCUCUGGGAUAAGGGUGUCUGAAGAAGUGCCCUGGUAAGUCAAAUACACUCUGGGAGCUUCUUUCACAAGUAACUGUUGGCAAAUCCAAGACUCUGGAAGCUCACUUGUUAAAAGUAACAUGGCUUCCACUCCCCAGGAGUAUGGUAAGCAUGAGACCAAGUGAAGAUGUCACUUGGUGGAAAUGGACUCAGAGAUGGGCCAUGGUACCCAUCCAUGAUAUACAUUCAGCCCCUUUGUAACCUCAGACCUCAAUGCCAGACGUUUUCAGGGGGACAAAUUCCUUCUCUAGGGACUUGUUAGUCACUUCAGAGCUUCUCGAGGGCAAGCACUGGUGGUAUAUAAUGUCCACUAUGCUAGGGCCAGAUGGUGCCUACUGUGGGCCUUGGGCUAUUUCUGGCCCAAUAUAGUGCCUGGGCUGCCUUCAGCGCUAUUGGAUUCAGCUGUCUGGACGCUGGGUGGGAUUUCUCCCAGAGAAAGCUGGUCUGGUAUUUUAUGUUUCCUAAUGGCCAAAGGACACAUGCUGUGGGACCUCAGUUACUUAUCUGUUCAUCAAAGCACCCGUCUCCCUGCUCAUUUCUAGUACAUGAAUAUAUACCUAUACACAACUCUCCUUUUCUCUCCCUUCUGCUUCCUUCAUCUCUUCUCUCCCUCUCUUCCCCUUCCUCUAACCAUUUAUAUUUAUCUACUUAAUUUAUAGCUAUCUAAUUCCCAGUUCACCUCUAUAUCCUCUAUCAAUCUGUCCGCUCUUCCAUCCAUCCAUCCAUCCAUCCAUCCAUCCAUCCAUCCAUCC